GCGAGUUCCCAGUUGACUCCCAGACUUUCCAUCACUCCCUCCUGGCCAUCCCCACAGCCCACUUCGCCUCCCCUGCCCUCCGCGACAGCGCUCCCCCUCCGCCGAAGCUCGCCACCCCGAAGAAAUUUCUCCCCAUCAGCCCCGCCGUCGGCUUCUUCUCCCCCGUCGCACUAGACCGGCGUGGAGUUGGCACCCGUCUGGGCUCGAUUCGUUUCUUGCGGGCUCGCGUGGCGGCUGACCUUCCAAGAGUUUCCGGCGGCGUUCGGCUGGGCAUUGAGGAACCAUGCUCAACGUCAAGUCCGAACCUGCAACUGCAAUGGAUGCAGUGGGUGAACCGGAAAUUGAGGAGCAUGAACAGAAGGUAAACAGAUACCAAGCUGAACUUGCAGCCCGCAUUAAGGCCAAAUACUUCUCUAAUAAGGCUUCUGACGGAGGAAAAAUCUUUGAAGAAGAAACUAUUGUUGAAGGCGAAACCAUCCAUUCAAGCAGGUGGCCAUGCACAAGCUCGUAUGCGAACCCGGCAAAUUUUCUCCGAGAGAAGAACAACCAUGAAAGGAGGGAUUCUCCAUCAGCAGCAGAUUCCUCUGUGAAGAACGAUUCUCCAUCUGUGGUAGCUGAAGCCUCGCCAAAAAAUAAUGCAGGUGUUCCGGCAACAGAAAACAAUCUGACACCUGCCAAGAGACAGGUAUCCAAGGAGACCUGAUGGGAUAACAGUAGGCUGGUGGGUCGUUGUAUGUUCUCAAGUCCGAAGACGUGCAACAACCCGAAGCAUGCAAGUAUCAUCAUGAAAUAAAAUUCCGUCCAGCAGAUGUAUGCAGGCGAUGCUUGAUUCAUUUCAUCGAACCGGUUUCAGCAUCUGUUCGGAACAAUUUUUUGUCUUAAGUCUGAAGGUAUAUGCUACCUGAAGCUUGUUUGUAGGCGAUGCUACAUUCAUUUCAUUGAAUCUGUUUCAGUAUUACCUGUUGCGAAGAAUUGUUGUAUUCUUGGUAUUUUAUUUGGUUGCUGAGUAUUUGUGGUAAAACAUUAACGGAUUAACCA